AACGGAAGAUGCUGUUGUCUUGCUGUCGAUCACUUUCGAUCAAGAGCUGCUGAGAACCGGAGCGUUGUCGUUGCGGCGUGGAUCGAAAGUGGUGUGUUUGUGGUGUUGUGUGUGUGCGUGUGCUGUGCGUGUUGGUGGUAUCCUACAGCAGCAUGGCUUCAGUGAUACCGCGCGUUGAUGUCGUGUUCCUGGCGUACAGUGAGGAUGCCGGAAAGGCACCGUCCGUUACGCUGGACAGCAUCUGCACAGUCAGUUUGUACGAGCUGCAGCGGCACCUGCAGGUGAAGCGAGCCGAGCGCAACAGUAUGGGUGCCGAAGCGUACAAACACUACAAAUGGUACAAUGCAGCACUGGUCGAGGAAUUGCGCACGACGGGGAAAGGACAACCGCGACCACUGCUGCAGGCUUUCCACUGGUACAUUGAAACGUCCAACCGCUGUGCGUUCCGGGUCGAUGGUCAACAGUACGAAGCGGUGUCGCUGGUGGUGGCCGCAGAGGUGGAGCACUGGUACUGUGCCCGACCCGGUCACAGUGCCCAGGGCAGUCGUGCUCGGGUAGUCUCGAACGUCCCGAUUGGAGCAGCAUUCACAGGAACUACACCACCCGCAAAGACACCGGCUGUUGCCGUUCAUCCACGGCAGCAUCAUCCAAGCAGCCACCGGUCGACAACUCUCGAAAGAAUUGGAGAGGAAUGUUAAGCCGCGUGCACCUUGUGGAGGAGAUCGAAGAAGAUUGUAAUUGUAUGACGGAGUUUUCAAUGUGUGAUAUAUUCCUGUCCUGUUUUCUGUUCAAAAAGCCGAUACCCGAUCUCACAACAAUAAAUUCUUUUUUAUUACA